UGCAGUAUAAGCUGUCAAAGCUGAAAGCAAGAAGUUUUUAAGAACAAAUAGAUUAAUAUAAUUAAACAAUUGACAUUUCAGGUAACAAAGCAUAUACAUUCUGCAGUGAAUGUAUUGAUUCUUCAUCCUGGUGCUGCCUUCGCUAAACCAGUUUCUGCUGUGGGCUUUGUUGUGCAGCAAUCAUGCUGGAAGUCUGGUCCUUGCGAUGAAGGAGGCUGCAGACGGACUGCAGGACUCAUGUGAGCAGUCGUCUUAGACUGUCUUAGCAGGGACGGUGCCACAUCUGCAUGAGCGGCAGGAAUCUGAACCAGCUGGCAAAGGAAAGGAUGGUGUGCAAGCACCAUUUGUGGGAAAGUACAAGUACUGUAGGCUUGAGAAGGGUUUUUUCUUCACAGAGGCAGCAGUUGACCUGUAAUUUCACGGAGACAACAUUGCAUCACUACUUUGAUUACCUCAAAGCACAUGUAAUGAGUUGAAUUUAAUGUCAUGGUGGCAGCAGGCUGGUAUAAAAUAUUGCCAUCGGACUGAGUUUCACCGCUGCAUGCAUACUUCGAAUAGCCUCCACCUGUGCUGCUCUGGAGGCUGAAAGCUGUCAUCAGCCACUGCACCAUACUCUGGACUAUGCCUGACAGAUCUGAAAUACUCAGCACUUCCCAGAUGAUCACAUUGGCUUAAUGUUUCUCUGGACCUAUAUAUUUUAGAGAAGGGCUCCCCCAUGGCCUUCAGUUCCUCUCUGAUAAGCUGACUAAGCACAAAGUUUCUCCUUAGACAAAUACAGCAUCUUUCUCAUGCAGACUGCCCUUUUGCAACUGUCUUCAGAAUUCUUGAGAAUUGUUGUGUGAUCUCAUCCUUCUAGGAGUUGCCACACUUGUAUCCUGACUUGUAUCCUGGCUGUGACUACAUACUAUCUAACAAACUGGCAUAUUCAGGAAAGUAUGGAGUGACAGGCUCUGAGAUCCUGCUUGGAGAAAUCAAGCGUAAUAAUGCUGCAACCCCUUCCUUCCUAGAGUUACGGACAGGUGCACUGCUGGUUCUGGGAAUUAUUUCUCCACUGUGCCAACAUUUUCCUUUUUUUUUUCUCUUGUACCCACACCUCCUUUCUCUGCAACAUAAAAAUUAUAUAUCUAUAACUAUUCCGAAUUCAUCCACCUGAAACAUUAACACUGCUCUACUCUCUCGACAAUCUGCUUGUCUUGUUGAAUAUCUCCACAAUUUUGACAGAAUAUCAGGUUUCUGUAUUUUUCUUUGGUAACAUUAAAAAAUGGACUUGCAAGCUAUUAACUGCUAUGGUUACCAUCUCGUUAGUCACCAUGGAUUUUUCAUCAUGUGACACAACCAUCCUAUCAGAUCAAACAGCUUUAUGAUCUGAAUCCAUUUUUUGUAUAAUUGAAAAGCAGUAGGAAAGAAAUUGAUAAGUUAAAAAUACAUUAUUUUAGUAAUUAUACUGUUUUUUCUUAAGAUUUUUGCCUACGGGGGUUUCUUGCCCUUUUCAGAUUGAACAUACUUUAACAAGAAAGGAAAAACUUGAGAAGAAACUGAUUUCUUUCAAAACAUGAACUUGCAAAACCCAUGUGCUUGUAGGUUAAGAAAUAACUGAUCCAUAGGACGAUAUAAAGUUUUUUUUAAGGUUCUUCCCCAGUAACAAGCUCAGUCGUCAGGUGUAGAAUUACAACAGCACCACUCCUUAAACUGAACCUUACAAGUUCCUGGAUAUUAACUGGCAGCUUAGGAUAGUCUGUCUGCAAUCAUCUGGUCUUGACAGUUUGCCUGUCGUCAUGGAGACCAGUUAGAUUUACACACAGUUUUGCCUUUUAUAGUCACUAGUUUUCUCCCUUUGGGUAUUGGUUGGGUGCACUGGUAUGCAGCUUGAACAGCCACUUUAUCAAAUAGUAGCUCAUGCAUACACGCAUUCACAGAAUGACUGCAGUAACUGGAAGAAAAGUUUUGAACAGUAGUUCUUGGCAAAAGUUAGUGAUCCACAGAAAGAUGACCAUCUCUGUGAACUGAAGAUGGGGGUGUGUUUCACAGACAUAAAAUGGAAACAGAAACUUAAAUGUUUGGAACGACAUUUAUGAGACCCACGUCUGCAGCUUGUGAGUUGAUGUAAGUAAUAACUAAUUUGCUGGCAAACAGAUGUUACCAACCAUAAGAACAUUUUCAGCACCUGGUGCCACACGCACUGUUUGAGACUGCAAUACGCUACUUUAGAUGGUAGUGGAGGUAGGUACUUUCACAACAUUUAAGAAACAUCAGAGUGAGCGCCUGAAUUGCCAAACCCUGGAUCAAGUACUGACAAAUGAAGGAAGGCAGGGCAUGUAGAGCGGAGAAAGUGAGCAGCAGGCAGAGAAGCAAAGGGACCAGAGUCACAAGGUUUGAGGUGAGGGUAUUUGGCAGUUUGGAGUUUGUUCAGGCAGAAAGGGGAAUUUUUUUUUUCCAAUUUGAAAUUUUUGGAUACCAACAAAAAAGUUUGGCGGGAAGAUUUUGCAUUGUGAUAUUUUUCUGAUCUGACUUUGGGUCAGGCUAUCUCCUGGAGAAUUCCACUGAAGCCGUAAAAGAGAUGCUAGGCCAUUAAAUAAUUAAAUGAGAGGCUUAAUAUCAAUGUUUGGCCUAUAUGUUAUAUAUGAUGUCAGGUUGGUGUAACAGACAUCAUAUACUAACACCAAAUCCAGUUUAAGCUUGAAACAUAUUUACACUCAUUCAGGACUAAGCAUAUUAGAAUAUUACUAGAACAAGUGGGGACCUGUUGGGUCCCGUUCCCCCAACGUGCAUGCGCGGCUGAUGAGCCCGCACUAACGGCGGAAAUUAAGUUAAAGUUAAUAACUUUGCGUUUAAUAUUUAAUAACAUAAAUCUGAACGAAAAUUGAUACUGCACAUUCCAGGACAAUGGAGAGUAAGAUGGGCCUAAAAUAGUCAUGAAAGAAGAUGUACCGUUCUUGCGCAAAUAUACAAAUAUAUAUAGAUACAAAUAUAUCUAGGUACAAACAAGAUGUAAGUUUUAGUAAUAUCUGGAUGCAUGUAGAUGGAUCGAAGAUAGAUAGAUAGAUAGAUAGAUAGAUAGAUAGAUAGAUAGAUAGAUAGAUAGAUAGAUAGAUAGAUAGAUAGAUAUCAUCUGCGUUUAUUAAAAGUUAAUGCAAAGAUUUAUAUAACAUAUUCUUUUUUUAAUAUAUUAUUUUAUUAGAAGCAAGCACAUAUCAUAAUAAAAACAUUUCAUGUAUAUCAGUCGUACAUCAAUAACAUUAUCAGUUGUGUAUUGACUCUGCUUCUAUUUUUUUUUUUAUAUAGCAAGAGAGAAAGAGAAAAAAAACCCAAAACAAAAAGCAUGAUAAGGAAGAAUGGAAUAAUUUACUAAUAAUACAUCAUUGGAGAUAGGUUCGUAAAUUAUAAAGUAUAACUUUUCAUCUAAUACUGAGUUCAAACUUCAGUUAGGUUCCCGUGCUGAACCAUUCUACCCCUUCAAAUAAUCAAUGAAUGGAGACCAUAUUCUGACAAAAAGUUCCUGUAUAACAUAUUCUGAUAACACAAAGAUCUUUUUAAAUAUACAAGGUGGUCAGGAUAAAUUUAAAAUGUGAUUUAACUUCGACUCCUCUGAAACCUAAAUUUGGAUACAGUUUACUGCCUAUUCAUAACUGGCAUCAUUUCAGGAAAUGCAUGACCAGCAUUUCUACAUGGGAGUGGAAAGGCCAUGUUAAUGAAAGUACACAAACGUUGUGGUGAAGACAGAGCACGUAUCACCAUUAUCAAAAUUUCUUCAGUCCUUUGUGCAGGAAAUGAUUAUAUUAUAUUAUAUGUUGGAUUGCAAUUUUCUUUGUAAAAAAUUAACAGAAAUUCUGGAUUACUUAAAUUAUGCAUCCUAGCCACUGAAUCAGUCAGCUUUAUUUUGUUUUCUUGCAAAGCAGUCAUCAGGCUACCUGGCUCCAGAUGACAGGAAAUCACGUAUUUGGCACCAUAUAAGAUGACUAAAUAUCAGCAGCAGAUAAUCAAGAACCAAAUCCCCAUUAAUCUGUAUUAUGUAUACUUCACCCAACUUUUAGAUACAAAAUUUUACAUUUUGGCAGUACGAUAUUAAACAACUGUUAUUUCCAGUGUGGAAAGCAAUACAUCAUUUCUUGCCAAAUCUAACCAUUCUAGAAGUUUAAUUGGACACCUUGGGUUUUGACUUGUCUUAAUGCCAAUACUAUGUCCAGGAGCCACAAGGAACUGCAGAUGUUGGAAUUUUGAGCAAAAUACAAAGUGCUGGAGGAACUCAGCUGGUCAGGCAGCCUGGAGGGUAUGAACAGAUGAUGUUUUGGGUCAACAGCUUUCUUCAGUUCUAGUUCCUCCAGCACUCCGUGUCUCUUGGGUUCCAUUGUUUGACAUUCCUGGUACAAAAAAGUCCAUCGAGGCAGCAAAACUAUGUAUUGGGAGCUUCCCUGUGCAUGUUUCAGCCCACCAAGGUACCCAUACCCGCAGCCUCCCAAAGACGACACAUCUCCAACCUUCUAUAUGGCUUCCUGAUUUCCAGAUCUCCACACCAGUGUCCUGAUCUCCUGAAUUCCCUCGUCAAAGCUUUGAUCUCCAGGCAUACACCCUGUUCCUGCCACUCCAGAUCAUUGGCUUGGAUUAGGGCCCAGAACUUAUUUUAUCUGAGCUUUUCCCACUGCUCCCCUAUGCCCCUACCAACCCUAUACCUUUCUUAGUUCUUCAAUGUAUGAAGAGAACCAUGGUUUGGUCAUUACAUGCAAUUGAAAUUUGCAGUGGCAGGAGCAUGACUUAAAUGGUUAUUAGCAUGCUGUACAACAAUCCUUUGGCAUGUAUUUAACAGGGAUCAAUUUUGAGGAAUUGAUUUUGAAUUUGAAUUGUAUUAAUUCUUGAGACUGGUUUUCACCACUGUUUUUGACAUUUAUUAUCUUGAUGCCCUAAGAAGAUGGGCGGUAGAUCUUCUGCCUAAGCAACUUCAGGCGAUAGUUAAGAGUCAAUGCCUGUGGUAAAUUUUGAAGCCAGACCCACUGCAGAAAUCAGUUAUUCAAUUGGGGUUUUAUGACAGUCUUACAACUUCACAGUCACUACCUAAUACUAUAUUCAAAUGUGCAGAUGCGGUGGGAUUUGUACUCCUGAUUGUUAGAUGAACAUAACCUCUGAAACUACCGUACCUAUAACUGGUACAACACUGGUACAUCACUGGUACAAAAGCUGCUCUUCACCUGUGAUCUCUUCAUGUCAGAGCCUCAGCAGCAAAUACUGGAAAAUUGUCAAUUAACAUUUAGCUGGUCCAACCAACUCCGGGAUAUUACCAUCUCCAAGAAGAACCACAUCAGAAAUAUAAGAACAUGAUUUUACUGCAACAUUUAUUUAAUGGCCUCUGAUUGAAAUCAGAUUAUUUGCAAAAUUGUUAAGUUUGAAUGUGAAAACGCUAUGACCUGUGCAGAUCAUCAUGUCAAUAGAGAGUCUUGCCAUCAGCUUCACCUAAUGACCAGAUAAAGUUUGUCAUCAACAAAAAAUGUUGAUGCACUUGGGCCUAUGCAUUAUCGAAAUCUGGAGUGUGAAAAUGAUCAGGCACUAAGACUCCACAAAGGUAAUUUUGACAGACCUAUCCAGUUGUUGGCAGUCUAAAGCUGAAUUACAAUGGCGGAUUGCGAAUAUUCAUCGUUGUUCAGGCGGCUUUCUACUUAGUAAACCCACAACAACACUGUAGAAUGAUGCUAGUGAACAAGGAUGGGGUGCAACUAACACUAUCUCUAGUUAUGGUGGUGGAUGAAACAAGGAGUUAUGCCUUGGUCAAAAAUAUGGCAUCAAUUAUUUAUAAAUGUUGGCAGCAUUUCAUGCCUUGAAAGCAUAUUGUGGAAAGGUAUAUAGUGUGCAUAUUAGACUACAAUUGGAUAACUCAACAGCGGUGGCAUAUGUAAAUCACAUGGGUGGAUAUAGAUCGCUAUCCUGUGAUGCUUUGGCAAAGGUUAUUUGGGCUUGGUGCCUCGAUAGGAGCAUUUGGAUUUCAGCUGCUCAUUUGCCGGGCAGAUUUAAUAUGGUAGUAGAUGCUAGAUCGCGGAGGUUCAAUGAUCGAACCGAAUGGAUGUGGAAUCAGGUAGUAUUCAACAACAUAAUAGCUCGUUAUUGAACACCAGGCAUUGAUUUGUUCGCUUCCAGGCUUAAUAAUCAAUUGCCACGAUAUAUAGCCUGGCAACCAGACCCUGGGGUAUAAGCGAUAGAUGCAUUUUCUAUAGACUGGCGGGGAAUGUUAUUCUAUGCCUUCCCUUCAUUCUGCCUUAUUGGAAGAUGCAGAAGAUAAUGCAAGACAAUGCAUCAGGUAUUUUAAUAGCUCCUAAUUGGCCUACGCAACCAUGGUUUCCAUUUAUUAAAGGGAUUAUUAAAGGAACCACCUAUGGUUGUUCACAGGCAUAAGCAUAUGUUCAUGCGACUUUGAUAUAAAAUCGAAAGAUUAAACGAGAACAUACCGUUUGAAGUUUGAUCUUUAUUUUAUGAGGUUGAAGUGAGGGAUUACGUGCCCUCCACUCCCUACCCUGAUUCUCAUAAUGAUCAUCCGGCAUGUCUAAGGUCGUUAAUCUUUCUAUAGUUUAAGUUCUGCAACUAGUCUGUGGUUUCAUACAGUUGCUCUGAGGAUUGAUGCGCAUGCGGGCUGGCGGGCUCUUCACGUAAUCCCUCAUUUCAACUUCUCAUAAAAUAAAGAUCAAACUUCAAACGGUAAGUUCUCGGUUAAUCUUUCUAUUUCCGUGACCUGCUUUGACUGCCUGUCCAUAGGAGCUGAAAUAAUGAUUUGAUUGGAUUAGUUAUGUUUAACACAUUUAAGUGCAGGUUCACUGUUCUGGAUACUGAAUGAAAUGUUUAAACAAUUAUAGAAUUUCACUUACAUCUCUAACAUGUUUCCUCAUCUUUUUCAGGCACAUUUGAUGGGAAGUGACUGUGCAAUGUCAACAUGGCAGGAAGUGGUGAUGGGCAGCUUUCACAUAGCCAUCAUUGUAACGUUGGUGCUGUUCCCUACAAAGAAAAGGAUGUGACAAAUUCAGCUAGCAUAUCAAACAGAAAUGCAUAUUCUGCACUAUCCAAAAAGUACCCCAGAAUCUGUCAGUGGAUACCAAAUCCAAAUCCCACUGUCCCCCAGAACAAGCUACGGGUCCUGAAAGGUAAUAGGCCAUCAGAAAAAGAUGCAUGCCAACUGCCAAAGAAUAGAAACUGCCCAGAGCAGAGCAAACCAAGAAUCUACAUUCUUUCAGGAGAUGGCCAUGGGGACAAACAACAUGAAGAAGAAGUGGGCCCUGGAUUAUGUAAGCACACUUACUUAACAGACAGCAUUCUUAGCCUUGAGGAGGGCGAGUACAAUGAGGGCAGGGAAUCCUUAAGUAAAUGCAUCAAACAGGAUAUAUCAAGAAGGGUAACAGAAACAGUCAACUUGGAACAUUCUCCUUUGCUAAAUGGGGAGAAUCCUUCUAAAAAAUGCAAUACAAAGAGCUGGAGUCCUCCAAAAGGAUUCUGGAAAGUACUUGGAAUGGAAAAUAUAAAAUCAGUUGUUAGUGCAGAGAAAUUUGAGGAUGAGAUUCUCCCAGAGGAAACUUGGAAUAUUAACGAAUCAGAGAUUUCCAACGUUCACUGCAGAUAUAACUCUGAACAAAAGAGCGUAUUGGAGAACUUUUCAAAAGUCGAUGGUUUAGGCGGUUCUGUACUCAGGAGAGGAGAGCGGACUGUGGAAAAUACACACAAGCUUGGUCAUCUGGGGGGCCUUUGGAGAACGGACAGUUGGGAGAGUGUCAGCAGUAAUGCCAGCUUGUUGUCUCUGACAGAAAGAGUAGAAUAUAAUCGUACCAAUCUGAAACGAAUGCUAACAUCUUUGCAUCCCAAGCGUCGACCUGGAACUGGUAUUGAAAACCUACCUCAAGAGAGCCUAGCACCAUCCAGCUACCAAUUUUCAUCUACCCCUCUGGCCGAUAGGUUCCAUAGGAACAAAUAUAUCAAGCAAGGUUGUGGGAUAAAUGAAAAUGACAGUGACUGGGAUUCAGAGAUUUCACUACAGCAGUCUGAUCGUGGUAUGAGCAGAAGCUUCGUGUUCUCCAGACAGCUUCCACUGAGUCCCAGGCAUGAGCUGGCAAAACAACUGCUGGAGAGAGCUCGGAGGAAGGCCCGAGCUAGUCCACUCAAGGCUGACCACAGUAUUCUGCCAGUAGUGAAGAGUUCUAUGGAAAUUGGCACAAAUGGUGUCUCUUCACCAAAGAAAGGCCUUUUCUCCAGAAAAGGACGUUCAUUGAACACCCAAACCAGCUGCAACAUCAGUGACUCCUCCAGCGCUGAGUCGCAUUGUGGACUACGCAAGAAGCUAAGUCAGUCGCCAAGCCAUGUAAGGUUUGAGGAUGAGUCCACCCAGGAGGCUGAAGUCCGUUACCAAUUCCACAGGAAGUGUGGCCUUGAGUCCUCAGUGCGACCCAUCCCAAGGGGAUUGAUACAAAAGCCUGGGAUUCCAUCCUAUGGGAAUCCAGGGAAGGAGCAUAUGUCGAGAGCUGAAUCGGGGAAUUACAACAAAUCUUUCAAUAAGAACGCUGAAAUUACAGAGAGCUGGAGUUGGAAAAGUGCAGCAAAUCCAAUUUCCACUGGAGCAACUGGAGAAAACCAAUUUGGCAAGGCCAGCAGGCCUCGUGUAAAUACAGCAAUGUGCAUUGAUGGGAAGUGUAGCUGUUGUGGCUCUUACAUCAUUUCAGGUACCAAAGCCAUCUGCCUUGACCCUCCUUCUUAUGAAUUUCCAGAUGCUAGUGUACUUAAGCAAUGCAGUGAGCCUCAAAGACCCAGUUAUCACAAGCUCCCUAUAUCUAAUGCAAUGGAGGUGGAAACUAACCUUGGUAUGGAGGCUCCAGAUGUUGGAGUCUUGCCUCCCAGAAUUGUACCUUGCUGGGUUCUCCCUUCACAACACAGAAUCAGAAUUGAACCAAUAAAAGAAACUUAUAUAGGGGAGAUCACUUCCAUUGAUGAUGUGUCAGUAACUGAAGAAAAUGCUACCGACACUGCUUUCCAAGAAAUGAAAGAAUUCAGAGAGCCUAAGAUUGUAACAUACUGCUGUGCCAUAAUAUCAGGGAGCAAUGAUAGCUCAAUUAGAAAUAAUGUUGAACUGAAUGCCAAAGGCAUAAGGAAGUCAACUAGAUGCACUGGGGAGUACACUGUUGAAAAAGAACCAGUAAGCAUAGUGGCUGAUUGCAAUUUAAAGCCAAGAAGAAAACCCAUCAAGAGACAAGAGGAUGGUCUCCAAUCUGUCCACUGCCAAAUAAGCAGCAUUCAAGAGUUAAGAGACUGUGCUGAGUCUGACCCAAUGGCCAGUGUGUUGAUGUCAAAGCACAGUCACAUAUCAAGGCUACCCACAGAACAAGUUGUGGAGGUUACUCCCUUUUCAGCACAGCUAGAUACUUCAUUGUGUCCAUUCAUGAAGUCAGUUCAAAGUUCUAAGCACAACACAGAGAACUCCACCUUACACUGUUCGUCACUACCCCAACAAAAGGACACAAGCUCGCUCAGAAAUCGCCAAGUCAAGGACAUUCCUGCUUUUUCUCAUGCUCAUAGCAGAUCCAGGAUGCCCAAUUCCCACUCAAUUAAUAUAUUAUAUCUCACACAAUUUGAAGAAAACACUUCUGAUCAAGAUUCUCUUUCCAAGAGGCCAAUGAUCAACAAAGUCAAUGUAACAAUCCAGUCCAACUCCCAACAAAACCAACUGCCACCAACGCAGAAGAACAAUUCGUUAAUACAACUGGAUACAUGUACUUCUCAGUACAGGCUCAUUCAUUUAAAUCCAGAGGAGAAUAAUGGACGACCAUCUGAUUCUCAGGCCGUUCCAGAAACGCUUUUGCUUCAACCUCAACACAGUCCUACUGAUCCUGAUCAAAAUUUGCCAAAUAACCACACUGAUGUCAGGCCAAUCCCUUCAGCUAACCCCUCAUUGAAUUCUGCUAUUCGGAUGCCAAGGAAUUACAAUGGUGGCUAUCAAAGUUCAGAAGGUUACCGAUCAGAAGUUUGGAAAAACUCAGAAAUAUCUGAACAGGUAACUGACAUGAAUGAUGGAUUGGUGACCUCUGAACAUAAGACAGCCAUCAAACACUCCAAAAAUCAGAAUUGCCUUAUUGAUCCUAAUCGGGCAACUGUCUCCUCAUCCAAACAGAAAACUGAAAAACAGAAGGACAGAACAGAAAGUCAGCCUGUGGCAGUGAGAAUACAACCUCAAGACUCUACUUCCAGUUGGGAGUCACUGACAUCUUUGCCAACUUUGCUCCAGGAAGAAGACAGCGGUUUGCCCAAGCUUCCUCAGCCAGCAACCAGGGAUGGUGAGCCACUGUUGCCAGUGAUUGGGACAGCAGACUGCAGAGAUAGACCCAUUCACCAUCCAGACAGUAAACCUUCAGAUGACAAUCAGCUGCCACUCACCUCCAAGGACAAUGCUAGAACUCAGCACUUUACUGACAGUCAACACAAGCAUCGAUCCUUUAUGAAGGCUUUCUUUACAACAAUUAGACACAACACGGUCAGUAAAUUGAACCGGCUCCGAUCAUCCAGUAUGGAGCAGAUUAACUGCCAAUCUACAGGGGACAUGUCUGGGGACCUGAGGUGUGAGAAGACCAGCGGACAUGGCUUGAGGAAGACUCCUUCUCUGCAAUCACUGCGACUGGUGUCCCCAUUGGCCCAGUUGAGGAAAGCAUCAUCCAUACAAUCGCUUCACUCCCAAAGUAAGAAGAAGCGUUGCAGCUCGUACCUGGUAGGAGAGAUGAUGGAGACUGGCUUAGGAAGCAGGGAACAAAAGACAUCUGGCUGUAAACUAUUAACACCGCUCAGUGUGGAAGAUAUAGGAUCGCCCAAUCACCCAAGGUUUAUUGGACAGGUAAUGGAGACAUUUGCUGAUGGCAGCCUCCUGCUUCAACUGUACAAACCAGCUCAUGGACCUUUUGGGUUUUUCAUCUCUAGAUCUCGUGGUGGUAUAUUUAUUCACCAAAUGGCAGACAAGAAUGCCGAGAAAUUGUACUCUGGAUUGCUGGAACCAGGGGAUGAAGUUCUGGAAGUCAAUGGAGAACGUGUGGAAGAUCUCAGUUUCAAUGAAGUGAACAGUCUGAUGUUACAAGACAACACAGUGUCAAUUAGGGUCAGAAGGCAUAAUGUUAGCACAUGACGAGGAAUAUCGAUAGUAACAGUCACUGGCCCGUGGUUUAGAUGUGCAAUCAAAGUACUUUCAGUAUAUUCCAAAGUUAAAAAGGUCUCUGGAUCAAAGUGGCCAUUGUAUGUGGAUUAGUUGUCAUAUCCAAGGCAUGUGUAUAAGGCUACAAGAGCCACUUGUCUGGGUGCCUUUAUCAAAGGAUGGAAUCCUGAUUGGUAUCAAGAUUGAACAUCAUUGCUAUAUACAACUUUGAUAAACAUUCUCCAUUUAUUGCUCAAUAGCAAUAGUGCAGAGUAGUAAAACCUCCGUUCCUGCAGAUAACUGAGAGAAUGCUCUCCUUGACAUCAAAACUACAAAACUAAUUGAGUCUUUACAGCCAGACUAAAGUACAGUCUCUAUUCUGUCAACCGGAGGCACUGAGUUACUGACAAACAAACUGUGCCAUUCUUUUGUAAAUGUUAGAAUAUGUUCUUUAUGCACACCACAUGUUUAAUACCAGCAACAGCUAUAAUUCAAACAAUUGCCAUGUUCCCUAUACAAUACUGUUUAGGAAUACAAAGUUGCUCACAAAAUGAAAUAGCUAAUAUUUAACAGCAUUGGUGCCAGACACUUAUUUAAAGACAAAAACAGAAAGAUUACAUUUAUAUAGUCCCGUCCACAACUUCAGGACCAUCCAUCCUCCAUGCCAGUCUUUUCCCCUCAUUCCCCUGAAAAUAUUUUCCUCUGAAAACGAGCUCAGGAAUCCUAAGAGCGAAAACAUUGCUUAUUUGGAAUCAGAAGUGAAACCAUUCUGAAAUUAAAGCUAUGACUGAUAUUUCAGUACGUGCAUGAUGUAGAGAUGGCUACAGGUACUUCAAUAUCCAAGAUAGUCAAUUAUACAAGACUGAGAAGCUGGGAAGAAGUAGUGGGAGGAGAAAAUGAUGGCAGGUGCAGGGCAAUGUGGAGAAAUGUGAACUAAAUGAUAUUGUUGCACAAAACAAGGAAUUUGAUAAGCAUGGUGAGUGGCCUUCCAAUCAAUGUCUUUUAAAAACCAACAUGAAUUGGAAGCAGAAAUAAGCCUGUCAAGCUUGAUCCAUUAAUGAUCAAGAUCACAGCUGAUCUGCUUGUAAUCUCAACUCCACGUCUCUUUCAAGCUGAAAUAACCUUUCAUUCCUGACUGAUCAAGGAUCUAACUACCUCUCGAAGACUCUACUUUCACCACCUUUUGAUGAAGAGAGCUCCUCUUCAUAACUUACCUCCUUUAAGCCAUCAAUGAAUUGGGACCACUUCGCACUGCCUGGAAAUUCUGUGGAAAUCUUUAAACUUAUGAACAGCUAUGACAGAGCAUAUUCAAGAUGGUGUUUUCAUUUUUGCGUAGCCAUGAAAAAACAUUUUUAACAAGAAAUAAAAUAUAGAAUCAGAAAAACUGGAAGGGAAAGAGAAUAUGGAAUUCAAUGCACCGGGAGUACAUACUAUAUAAAAAAGAUCGGAUCAGCUCAUGUGGAAAAAGGAAAUAAAGAAUUUUGCUGAUAGAAGUUAGAAGACAAUUCAAUUUAUUUCUGAACAGUAUUACAAUGGGUGGGCUGAUUGGCCUGUAUCUAUGAAAUAAAAAGGAACUGCUAACGCUGGUUUAUACCAAAGAUACACACACAAUGCUGGAGUAACUUAGCUGGACAGGCAGCAUCUCUGGAUAAAAUGGAUAGGUGACGUUUUGGGUUGAGAUUCAUCUUCAGUCUGAAAAAGGAUCCUGACCCGAAAUGUCACCAAUCCCUUUUCUCCAGAGAUGCUGCUGGAUCCGUGAGUUACUCAGCAUUUUGUGUGUAUCGUUGGCCUGUAUCCAUGUUGUUCGCAGAAUUAAGGUAAUUGUAUUCUCUAAUGAUUAAUGUGUGGCAAAUUGGGAUUAAACGACGGUGAGAGUACAGUUUGCAGUGUUUGAUGUUUUGCAAUAGGAAGAACAUUGAAGCAAAUGAGAGCAUGUAGCAAAGAUUUACCAGGAUUGUAUCAAAGAUGGAAAAUAGUAGUUAUGAGAAAGAUUAGAUAUUUCAAUGAGUACAGAGAUUGUCAUAGAGUUAUAAAGCAAUACAGUGUGGAAAUGGGCUCUUCAGCCCAACUUGCCCACACUGGCCAACAUGUCCCAGCUACACUAGUCCCACCUGCCU